AUGGCGUCAAGAGUUCGCCUCAGCCUCCCCUACCCCGAUGCCACGGAUCCAGAGCGGCCGCCGCCGGCCCUAACGAGCGACCUCCUCGAGGAGAUCUUCCUCCGCGUCGCCUCCCCUGCGGACCUCGCCCGCGCCUCCACCGCUUGCGUCUCCUUCCGCCGCCUCAUCGCUGACCCCGCCUUCCUCCGCCGGUACCGCUCCAUUCACCCGCCCUUACUCCUCGGCUUCGUUAGCUCCUAUGGCUUCCAUCCUGCCGAGGCGCCCCAUCCCUCCGCUGCCGUCGCCCGAGCUGUCGCGUUUUCCUUCGACUACCUCCCUUGCACCACCAGAAGGCACCGCUGGCAUCCGUGCGAUGUCCGCGACGGCCGCGUCCUCCUCAAGUGCAGUCGCGUGGAAGUCCUCGUCUACUGGGACCUCCUGGUGUGCGACCCGUUGUGCCGGCGAUACCUGCUGCUGCCUCCCAUAACCGACGACCUACUCUCCUCCAUCGGGAUCCAAACCAAAAAUAUUUCCCAUUCGGGGGCCUCCUUCAUCCGUUCAGGAGGCAUAGAGGAGGAUACAUCAUUCAGUGUGAUCCGCUGGAUGCAAUCCAACUCAAGGUUGGGGGUAUUUAUGUUCUCUUCGGGCUCUGGCUGCUGGAGUGUCAGUACCUCUAUCAGUUGGGGCGAUCUAGGCUUGGACGAAAUUGAUCUGUUGAUUUCAAGCCAAUGUGUGUAUGACUGCUUCUAUUGGAAAUUAACCAACAUGAACACGUUGAUCAAGCUCGACAUGAAUAGUAUGCGGUUUUGCAGUAUUGUCCUCCUGCCUGGCCAUGAGGAGCGGCAAAUCGUCAUUGUGGAGUCAGGGGAAAGUAGGGUUGCAAUGUUUAGUAUAAUUUAUGAAGGCACAUCUGUGGAUUAUUACACCUUUUCGCAAAAUGGCAGUGAGAAGUCCCAUGAGUGGCUUUUAAAGAGUACCAUCCCCUUGCCUGCCCAUUAUACUAGUGAAUGCUACAUUGGUGGUCCAGCUGAAGGAUGCAUUUUCAUACAAUGCUUUCGAGAUGAAGAGGAUACAAAGUAUUCAGCAUUUUUUUCACUUGAGAUUAAGUCUUUCAAUAUUGAGAGGGUCAGAAGGACAAGGUUCGCUGCUUUUGCCUAUCCAUAUUUUGGUUUCCCACCAUCUAUGUCACCAAGGAGGAUUUAA